AUGAUAGACAUACGAGAAUGGCUAUGGUUUGGCAUUCGUCUUUUUGUUUAUUCAACUUUUUUAUUUAUUAUUUUUCUUGGUUUAAUAUUUUUGUUUGCUUUGUGGUAUUAUUGGUUUGUUGUUCGAAAGCGUUCUCGAAAUAAACAGCAGAUAACUAUCAAAUUACAAAAUCGUUCCUUUGUUUUCCAUACGUUAUCAUUUCAAAUCUCAGAUGACGAAAAAAUUGUACUCAACGUACAAAUAUCUCCAUUAGAAAAGCAACUUAUUGAAUUAGCACAAUUGAAUGGACAAAAAUAUAAAAUAAGUUCAUUUGAUAUACACGAUGAACAAGUGGAAAUUAAAUUUGUUGAUUCAACGAAUUGUCUAAUUAUUAAACAUGAAUACCUUGAACAACAAAGUUGUCUAUCAAAACAAACAUACUUCGUACACGAAUAUACAUUUGUUUGGUCAAGUCCAAAUUAUCGAUCUUGUUUCAAUGAUAGAUUUAAUCUAAUUGAAACCGGCUAUUGGUAUGGCGGAGGUACACAAAAAACAGUCUAUUGGCCUAUAAAUCAAUUCGUAACAAAAUCUCAAGCAUUGAUUCCUCACGAUGCAUAUAAAAAUAUGUUCGGAAAUGUUUGCGAACGAUAUUGGUUAUCAUCACUUGGUCUAGCAUUAUUUGUUGAUCCACUUGUACCCUUAUUUGUUUCUAUGAAUAAAAAGCAUCUUGAAUUAACAUCCGAAUAUCGAACUCCCUAUCGACAGAAAAGAUUUAUUUCACAUAAAUUUCAAUAUAGACUUUUACAACAUGUGAAUAUGUGUGAUCUUCACUUAACAAUGAUUAAUCGUUAUUUGGGAAAGCCAAUAGGCACACCAGAUCAUCGCAUGAUAACUGAACCCAUAUGGUCAACAUGGGCGCAAUUUAAACAAGAUAUUAAUACAGAGAAAAUACUUGAUUAUGCUGAAGAAAUUGUGAAACGUAAUUUUCCACGUUCUCAACUAUGUAUUGAUGAUAAUUGGACGCCACAUUAUGGAGCCUACGAUUUUGAUCGAAAGAAAUUUCCGGACCCCAAAAAAAUGAUAUCAAAAUUAAAACAACUUAAUUUUCGUGUUACACUUUGGACUCAUCCAUUUGUAUCUUGUAAAUCAUCUCUAUUUAUUGAUUAUUGGCGUCGUGGUUUAUUAAUUAAUAUGAAUAUUUUAUCUUCAUUAUUGGAUUUAAUUAUUGAACGUUCUACUUUUCUACAAAUUGUCUUCGAUGAUUUUAUAUCUAAUCCUAAAUGUCAACAUUUUAUUAAUCUAAUCAAAUGCAUUCACGAACGAUUUUUCUUCACAUUACCCGGCAUUUCUCUAUGGUGGAAUGGUCUUGGUGGCUCUUUAGAUUUUACUAAGGAAUCCGCACAAGAAGAAUAUACAAAAAGUUUGCAAAAACUUCAAAAUCUUUAUGAUAUAGAUAGUUUUAAAUUUGAUGCUGGCGAAGUUAAUUGGCUGCCAGCAUUCGGCUCAUUUGCGAAUCCAUCUUGUCAACAGAUGACUACUGAUAAAACAACAUUAGUAACCACGCCGGCACUUCAUUCUUAUUUAUAUUCACAGCUUGCCUAUCGUAUUGAUGCAACGAAUCGUUUACUUGAAGUACGAGUUGGUUAUCGUACACAAACAUUACCGAUAUUUGUUAGAGUAAUUGAUAAAGACUCGAAUUGGUCAUAUGUUAAUGGUCUACGAUCAUUAUUGCCAAGUGUAUUUAACUUAAGUCUUCUUGGCUAUCCAUUUGUUUUGCCUGAUAUGGUUGGCGGUAACGGUUAUGGCGUAACAAUUACUCAAACACGUUUACCAGAACGUGAACUCUAUAUACGUUGGCUUCAAUUGAAUGUUCUUUUGCCUGCAAUACAAUUUUCUUUUCCGCCUUGGCUCUAUAAUGAUGAACAAGUUAUUCGUAUAGCUUAUAAAUGUCUUGAAAUACGGGAACGCUAUCGUUCUAUUCUACUAUCAACAGCUGAAGAAUGUGUACAAUAUGGUACGCCAAUGAUUCGACCAUUAUGGUUCUGCGACCCAUACGAUGCAAACGCAUUAAUCUGUGAGAAUGAAUAUAUGUUAGGAAAUAAUUUGCUUAUAGCACCCGUACUUGAAGAAAAUGCUAAUCAAUUAAAUAUCUAUUUACCACAAGGUAAAUGGAAAUGUAUUCGUGAUGAACAAGUUUAUGAAGGAAAUCAAUCAUAUUUAUAUUCAGUUACAAUUGAAGAUAUUCCUGUUUUUGAAAGAUGUUAA